GGGAGAGGCGGGGGGGGGAACGGCGGCGCGCGCGACACUUUACGACUCACCGGGUCGCUUCCUGGGCAAGAUGGCGUCGGGCAGCGGGGUAGGUAAUGGGCUUACUUUGGAAAAGGAGGAGGAAGGAAGGGCUCUGUCUGUUCCUUGUUUUAACCUUUAAGCAUUUCGGGGGGCAGGCGCCGAAAGCCCCCUCAGCUCCCGCCCCUGCCCCCCCACCUGCGCCCACCGGCUUCCCGUGGGGGGGGGAAACACCGGAGACCCCCCCCUCAGGCCCCGUUCGGGCGGACGAGGGUCCCGCCUCCUUGGCCGCCCCAGCGCCUGUCACGUGCUUGCCCGUGUUUACUCACGAGUAAGCGCCCCGCGGCGCCUGAAAGGAAGGCGGAGCCGAGUUUCGUCCUCUCCCGAGAUCAGCCGGAGCUGCGGGCGUAGCAGCAGAUGGUCUCUGUUUAACAGGCUGUGGUGAAAGUUCCGGACUGGCCAGGAGGCAAAAACAUGCCUUUGCUCCGUCUUAGGUUGGUGCUGCCCCGAAGUCCUGAGGGGAAGAAUUCCAAAACGUCAUUCUGGGCGCGUGCGGGAAGUCACAUCUGCAUUUUACAGCUCUUGCUGCUUCUCGGCCACGGUUGCUUCUCGCUUUUCCGCAGCCGCUCGCCUCCCUGCUCUCGCUCUGCUUUGCGCCUUUGGACUUCUGGGUGAACUCUGGGAGCUGCUGUGCCCGCGGAGGCCUCUGUGCUCACCUGUGUCUCGUGGGAUGCAGCGCCCUUAACUGCCACAGACCUCAGGGACUCGCAGCUUGGUCCUGUGGAAGUUAGCUGCGCUUAAGCCCCUUGAAGUAAUGCAGUUUAGGUAGAUCAGCUCUGCAUGAGACUGAGCUGCCAGCUGGGUAUGAAAGGGGUAUGUAGAAAUUACAUGGCUGGUGUCUUUUUGGAGCUGGUAACAUUUUGGGCAUGCACAAAGAGAGAGAGAGAGAGAUGGGUUCUGCAAAAUUCAGAGGUGCAACCUUCAUUUGUGGUGUCACCCAAGACCCCAAAAUAGCACAAGAAAUUUGUAGACCCAAAAGCUGCCUUUGGUUGCUUUCUUUCCAAAGAGGAACUUAAAUAUUUUAUUUACUUAUUUCCGCAGGAGAACUUGAUUUUUACUGACCUAACGUUUUUAUCGCAUCCUUUUCCCCAGGAAGCUUAGAGCAGCAUAUAUUCAAAACAAACCUAUGAGAUAGGAUCAUUCUAGAAUGGCCAAAGUGUCAGCAAGUCAGUUUUAUGGCUUUGAACACCCUAGCCACUACAUCACUCACAGAACAAUAAAAUACUUUUAUUACUCUGGGGCUUCAGGUACACAACUGUUAGGCAGGUUGAAAAACUGUAUCCAUUGCAUGUUUAAUUUGGAUGGACGGGAGAGGAACUUGCACAAUCAGAAGAUACAAAAAUGGUGUAAAAAUAUCAGAUAUGCACCAAGUGUCUCUUUAAAAUUCCACCAGUUCUCACCAGUUUGGGACUGUGCCCAUAUUCCAGCGACACACGAUAGGAGCCAAUGAAGCUCACAGUGUUGGGGGGACACUAUGCCUCACCAUACACACAUCACUUAAGGCACCCCCAUUCUCAGCCCCUGUGGCACAGCCAGCAGUGAACCUGAUACUGCAAGUCUGCAGGCAUUCCAACAGACAGGAGUUCAAAUCCCCAUAUGCCAUAAGCUGCUCACAAGUGCUGUUUUAAAGCACAACUCCCCAAAAGAAGGAUGGAGAGGAUACAAAACACAGUGUCUACAUAGCUCCUCAGCAGGAUACCUGCAGAGGACACACACAGGCCUCUUGGGAGAAGUGCCUACUCAGCUAGGGGGAAAACACUUUUGCUAAGAAACCAUGGGAAGACGCAAACUGAAAGCAGCUGUUUUCAGUAACUCACUUCAUAGGGUACAGGGUUGAGAAGUUGGAGAACCCUAUUCACCUUUUACAUGCCUGCCCCCACCUGCUACCCCCCAAGACAUGUCAGAACCAGAAGAGGUGAGGCUCUCAGAACUUGAACCCACACAGCAAGCUUCACAGGGCAGUUUUUUUAAGCAGCCACAGCAGUAGACAGGAAUUGCACUCUUGGGCCAUUUGGCUCCUGGUCCCUAAACCCAACACCCACUCAUAACUGCCAGGAGUACAAAGCCUAGAGGAGGAGCCUUGGACUAGCAGGAUAGCUUAUUUUUCACAUUCUUGGGGUCCUGGUUCAGAUCGGGUACACCCCCAAACUAGGAAAGGUGGGAAGUGAUCCACACAAUGUGGCACAUCUGAACCUGUUAGGAGGAGCACUGUAUAGACCCUUUGGCCCACCAACUCCCUUGGCAACCCCCGCCCCCCAAUCUAUCUUCCACUUUUCUUCUGGUGGACCAACCUUAUUGGGUGGAAUCCCAGCUGGGCUCAUUGCCCCUGCUCCUCAUCUCUCUCUGCCCACUAGUGCACCCUGAGAGACCUGAUCCCUCACAGUCCUGCAAAAUUAAGUGAUUAGAGAGAAGCAGAGCCACUGCCCAUGAAGCUCCCUGCUCCUUCUCACAGUCCCAUCUUGAGGCUAGGUGAAGCCAGAUUUUUCUAGGUGGGAAAAGAAUUCAGCAUUCUCCAACAACAGAGAAACACCAUUUGUCAAUGUCAGAGCCUUUAUUGAGCAGCUUCAGUGAAAGAAAGACACGUGAUGCUACAAAUCAAUUGCCUCAGCAGGGCCCCUGGUUGUACACCAGUUCCGUGCUAGGAACACUUGACCUCCUGCCAGACUGUCUGUCAUGGAGCUUGCAAGAGUCCAGGAGCCUGCUAGGGACAAGUAGGCUAACAAUCUCUUUUUAUAAAUUUAUUUAAAUCUUCAGAUUAACAAACAAUCAUCAAGCAAAACAAAACAAAACAAUUUCCAUAAGUUCCCUUGGACGUCCCUCCUCCCCUUUUGUGGGUCCUUAUGUUCACUUUUUCUGCUGCAUCUUCUCUGUUAGUCCAAUUCUAUUAAAUCUCCGAUAAAACCAUAGUCCAACUUUUAACUACAGGCGUCAUUACCCAUUCUACUAAUAAUUUUAAUUGUUUACAAUGAUUUUUUAGAUAAAUUAUAUAUUUCCCCCAUUCCUUAUUGAAAUUUUGGUCUUCCUGAUUCUUCCGGUCAGUGUUGCCAUUUCUGCAUAGUCCAUCAGUUUAAUCUGCGAUUCUUCUCUGGUAAGGACUGUGCCUUCUUUCCAUCUCUGGGCUAGUAGUGUCCAGGCAGCAGUAGUCACAUACAUAAAAAGUCUUUUCUGGUCACUUGGAAUUUCGGCACCUACAAUUCCUAAAAGAAAAGCUUCUGGUUUUUUUAGAAAAGGUUAUUUUAAACAUUUUUUUUAAUUCAUUGUAUAUCAUCUCCCAAAAUUCUUUUACUUCUUUAGAAGUCCACCACAUAUGAUAGAAGGUGCCCUCUUUUUCCUUACAUUUCUAGCAUGUGUUUGAUCUUGCUUUAUACAUUUUAGCUAAUUUGCGAGUAGUUAAAUACCAACGACACAUCAUUUUCAUAUAAUUUUCUUUCAAAGUAUAGCACUCUGUAAAUUUUAAGUCCCAAUUCCAUAACUUCUCCCAUGCUGCUGAUUGUAUUAUAUCCAAAAUCCCUCACCCAGUGUAUCAUUACUGAUUUGAUCUGUUCGUCUUCCGUAUGCCAUUCUAAUAAUAAUUUAUACAUUUCUGAAAGUAAUUUAGUCUUAUUUUCUAACAGCUCCUUUUCAAAUUUAGAGGUUUCAUUAAAGAAAUCUUUCUUUUUGUCAAUCUUGAAUAUAUAAUUAAGUUGAUGGUAUUGUAACCAAUAUGUUAUGCAGACAACUUAUAAUCAUUAUUUAAUAGAGAGAUUGGCCUAUAAUUUUUGACUAACAAUAUGUCAGUUUCCGGUUUUGGGAUAAGUGUGAUAUAGGCAUCUAUGCAGGAAUCUGGCACCUUCCCUGUGAUUAAUAUCUGAUUCAUUACGUCUUUUAAUGAUUGUGCCAGAUAGUCUUUGAAUUUCUUAUCGUACUUUGCUGAUAGUCUAUCUGGCCCUGGCAAGUAGGCUAACAAUCUUAGUCAUUGGACUAACUGCAAGGAACGCCACUGCUGCUGGAUAUGGUGUGGGCCACCCUCCUGUUCAACACAGAACAGGUAUGGGAUAGUUCUUGGGAGAGUGCAAGGGAGACACAGAUAAUGAACCAUGACUUUUGUCAGCAGCUGGAGCACAUAGUCCCUGGAUGAAUGUGUGAGAGGGAGAAGAGAAAGAAGAGCAAAUGGUGCCGCCUCCACCACCUUCGGGGUUGCAGUGGGAUUCUGUAAACUGAGAACCACUCUCAGUUGGAGGGCCAGAUCAAAUAGUGGCCAAUCUUCCAGAGGCCACACAUGACAUCUGGCUGUCCGUCACUUGACAUCCUAUGGAGCCAGGCGAAACCGAUCCAACCUAAAAAGCAAUAGGGCUUGUGUUCAGCACCAAAUUUAAACAGUGGUGAAUGCAAGCUGGGACUGCAAAAAAACAAUUGGGAGCCACUCCAAGGCAUACACAAACUGGUUGCUCCUUUGCAACUACUUCUUUACCUUUUAUUGCCUGACAUAAUAUGAUGUCAGGUGAGUGUGUCAGCCCAAAACAGCCUUGAGGGUCAAAUUAGCAGACCUGUCAGGCUUAAGAUUCUCCACUGCUGCUGCUGGUGUGCUCCCCAUGCAUCUGGGUUGUGAUCACACAAGGCAAAUGUGUCCAGGAGUCACUUCCAGCAGUGGGAAUGAGUGGAAUGCCUGCUUUUUGUCUGCAGAGAGCUUUCUUGUGUGUGGGAGACAGUGCUCCCUGCUCUUGGAGGAAGAGUGUUAAAGCAAUAUACAGUAUUUGUAUAUAGCAAGGAGGGUUGGGGGAGACAUGAGAGACAGUUAUGAUAGCUAUGCAGUACUGUUUCUGUCCUCCGUUCCUUGUUCCGCCUGAUGCUGUCCUGGCACUUGCAGUUGUUGGGUGUUUGUGUCUGGGGUCCUGAGGAGAGGCCAUCUUGGGAAUUUAGGAAUAGCAGUGUGCUAUUCUACGUGUGUUCUGUGGGCGGGCUGUUUUGUGCAAAGUGCCCUGUCUCCAUCAUCUUCCACUGUGAGCUCUAAGUGUGCAUGACAUGAAACCAGAGAGAUAAAGAUCCAUGUUUUCACUUGUGCAUAGGUGAUCUGGAAUUAGGAGUGAGGUUGCUGAUGGUACCAAAUUGUACAGGGUGGUAAAACCCAAAAAAAUAUUGUAAGGGGCUCCAAAUUUAUCUCUUCAUGCUCAGUGAGAGAGCAUCAAAAUGGCAAACGUGAUUAGAUUUAAGCAAGUGUAAAGUGAUGCACAUUGGGGCAAAAAAUCAAUCUCACAUAUAUACUAAUGAUGUCUUAUCUGGUAGUGGCUGAUCAGGAAAGAGAUAUUGUGAUCAAGGUGGGUAGUUCAAUGAAAAUAUUGACACAGUGUGUUACAGUGCUGAAAAAGGUGAAUUCCGUAUUAGGGAUCAGUGGAAAAAGGAUCAGUAAGCUGCCAGGAUCAUUGGAGAUCAUUCUUACCCUCUUCAACUUUGAUGGACUCAAGCUCUUCCAGGGAAACAUAGAAGCAUUAAAUAUGUUGGGAACACAAAAAUGCUGGCAACAGCCAACCUUUUCUGACAACUGGAAACCUUGCAUUCUACAUACAGUGGUUCCUUGGUUUACAAACAGCCCUGUUAAUGAACUAUUUGGUUUAUGAACUCUGCAAAACCGGAAGUAGUCUUCCAGUUUGUGAACUUUACCUCGGGCUACAAACGGAAGCCGAACGGUGGAAGGGCAUGGCGACGGGAGGCCUCAUUAGGUAAAGCAUGCCUCAGUUUAAGAACGGAUUUGGUUUAAGAACAGAUUUCAGGAACGGAUUAAGUUCGUAAACCGAGGUACCACUGUACAUGAUUUUCAAAUGGGUAUUUAGAGGUGUUUGUGAGAAAACAAUGGUGGAAACAUUCCUCUAAAUUUCCAGGUUUGGGAUGUUAGCCCUGGGACUCAUACAGAGUUUAGAAAUUAAGCCUUUGGUUGAGGCCUCUAUGAACUGUUGAAGAUGUCUGUUUAAAAGAAGGGAAAUUGAGGGAGAGAGAAUUAACCUGGUGGCUUAUAGUGUUGUGGAGGCAAGCAUUAGGUUGGGAGCACCACAUUCCUAGUCUGAGUCCUUUGGCACCAUUGAAUGAUUGCCUUUGUAUCCCACCUUUCCUCCAAGGAAUUCAAGUUGGCAUUCAUGGUUCUUCUGUUCGUCCCCAUAUUAUCCUCACAGCAACCCUAUGAGGUAGGUUAGGCUGAGACACAGUGUUAGAAAUUGAAAUAUAAAAGCUAGGAGCCAAAUGUCACCACAACGGAAUGCCUAGGUGCCCCACAGAUUAGCUGAUCUGCGCAGCAGCGCAGCACCAAAAGAAACAUUUAUUUUAGUGCCAUGCUGCCCCACAAGCUAGCUGACUGGCAUGGUAUGGCAGCAGCAGCAGCCUGCCAGAUGGAGGUGUUAGUCGCCAAACUUGAUGCCCAGACAUCUCCACUUCCUCACAAAAGACUGGUUGCCUGUUGUGAAAUGCAACUGGCACCCAGUUAGUUUUGAACACUGCUAAGACACUGGCCCAAGGUCACCCAGUGACUUUCGUAGCUGAUCAGGGAUUUGAACCCUGUUCUCUCAGGUUCUGGUCCAACACUCUAGCCAUUACACCACACUAGCACAGUAGGAAAGAAAGAAGGGAAUAGGCAGACAGGAGUUUGACCAUUUGGGGAUUGCAGGCCAGGAAGCCAAGGAAGCUAGGUCUGCCUACUAGGAUGGCAUCUGUACUUUUUAGGGUGGCGUAAUCCCACUAGGGGCAGCGGAACCAUAUCUCUGGUACAAUUUCCCCACAGGUCCAGGGGCUGGAUCUGGAAGUGGGAUCCAGUUGUAAAGAAGCAGAGAGUGUUUGCUUAUAAAUUUCACAAAUUGACAGAGUUCUCUGACAAAUCUGCCAAUGCAAGGCAAUGUAAACUCUGGUUUGACUUGCCCUCAACAGCAGUGUGCCUGUGGGUACAGCUAAGAAACUUGUACCAGGAGCCAAGGACAUAUACAUGUCCAGCUCAGACAUCAGAUUGAUGAGCUCCGGCUGAAAUUCUAUCCUCAACUGUAGGUUUGAAAGAGAUGCGCCGCACAGCGACCGCUGUGAGAACAGGAAGCUGGGCUAGAUUGACCUUUGCUGUGAUUGAGUAGGGUUAUUCUUGUGUUUCCUGCCACAGCAGACGCAAACUAUUUUCUUCUCCAGAGCUUCACCUUAACUACGCUCUUGUUUAUCCAAACAUUUUGCUACCCAAAUGUGUUUUUUUGUUUGAAGAAAUGCAUUUGUACAAUCGUUAAGAACAAAAGUAUCACAUUAGAGGUCCUUUUUCUGGUGGCAGCUUUGACUGAAUCUUGUUUUAUGCAGCUGAACAUUUCCUGUGUUUUUGUGCCCUGUGAUGAACGUUAGCCUGAGGUCCUUUUUUCUCCUUAGCUUAUGUCUUCUCUUGGGGAGAGAUUCACUGUAGCUGCUAAGCACUUGUUAAAAGAUGUUGGGGCUUCCAGCAAACCCCUCGUUUGAUCACACUGGAAAAGUUUCUUUGGAAUCACAAGCCAUGCCUUAUUACAGCAAGAUCUGAAGUUGAGUUUGAUUCAUUUCUCUCUGCCUGGCCUAGGGACAUGGCUAAAAGAUCUUCAAAAGGCUACAGCUUCUUUUUAUUAUCUAGGAGAAAAGUGAAGCAGCUAGUAAAUUGCCUUCUCUCCAGGCACAGGCCAACUUUGAUUUGUGAUAGUGCUGCUUCAGUGAGGUUGAAUCUGGAAAAUACCCUCCCCCUCUAAUGUUAAUUUCUGCCUUGUAAAUCUCCUUUCUUCUUUUUACCUGGAGAAGUGGCUAAUGAUCUUAGUCAUGACAUGUUUAAACCACUUAACAGGCUCUGGGAAUAAAUGAAUCAAGAUUUCAGCCUCUCUCUGGGGCUCUCUUAAUUCUUAGCUGUAGUUGUUUGCAGUGAUUCCAUUUUAAGAAUUGCAAGGGGUAAGAGUGGCAUGAAAAUUUGAUUCCAGUGCUGCACUUCUUUUAAAUGAGGCUUCUGUUGCUUGUUUUUAUUGUUGUAAGAUCAUUCAUUUGACUAAUAAGGGGAAAUAUGACUUGUUAGGGUGUCAAGGCUUUUCCUGUUUUCCCCAAAGUCAUAAUUAGAAAGAGAGAACUGUUUGCAGACCACUCCCUCCCUACUGCUUUAUCAAUACAGACUUUAAAAUGCACAUAUUUGAAACCACCCAGUAGUGUAUCCCGCCUAUGUCCAUGCUCUAGUGUUACCCUCACUGUUAAACGACUCAUGAUUCCCAAGGGUCUGGCAGACCUUUCUGCAGUGGCAGAGCAUGCCCCGCUGGCACCCAGGGCAUGUGCAUGCCUCGCCAUGGAGGUGGGGUGUGCUGCUGGAGCGACUGCAUCCUUCUCGGAUUCCCUCCAGCUGUGAGUGUAACUUAGUUGAGAUCCUGUGCACCUCUCAGAAAAGCGGAACGGGGAGAAACCCAACUCACCCUAAAAGCCUAUAGGGGCACCAGUCACUCUCUCAGUGUCCAUGGUAACAUCCCUGACUCCUACCAUUCACAGAGCUCUGUGCUGUUAACUCCCCAUCAUAAGGAGCCAAUCUGUGCAGUUACAAGGAAAUGUCCCAAUUAUACCCUUCCCUCAGCACCAACCCAUACAAUCAGCCAAAAACAGACACAUUAAAGUGCCUGCAUGAACCACUGCCUGCAGGAAAAAUACAGCAACUGUAAAUCUCCAGGAAUCCCUGCACAUAGGGGUCCUUAUCUCCUUAUAUCAUCCACACAGAUUAGUAGCCAUCAUGCUUUUGACUGCACAACACAAAGCGAAGAAAAGAGAGGCAGUGUUAGACAGGAAGGAGGUAUGAACUAAGACGGGGGUCGGCAACCUAAGGUCCAUGGGUUGAAGGAGCACCAGAAAUAGCGUACGCGUACGGGUGCUCCUCUGACCUGGAAGAGCGUUCGUGCGCACACGCUCCGGCCCAUCCUCAGACGGACUGAGAGUUGACCGGCUCAUCCUCUGGUUAAGGUUGCCAACCUCUGAACUAAGAUAACCAACAAUGAAUGAAAAACUCCCUGGAGCUUGAGAUAAUGAGGCUGGAAAAUGAGAGAUGCAAGUUUGAGCCCUAUCCUGAAGAGUGGUGGGAACAAGGCCCUACUCAUCUUUUGCAUGCUUGGUCAGCUGCAGUCACCUCAAGAAGCAAAAACAAGAGAUCAGACAAAAUUAGAACCAUAUGCAUUCAGUGUCUUGAUUCCCUAUCCAAAUCUGCCUGGGUCCUGGGUCCUCUAGCAUCUGUUUCCUGGUCUCAACUCCUCCCCUUCUUGCCUGUUGCAACCUGCCAAUCCCAAGCCGGGAUUGGGACUUGUGAUAUUCAAUUACUUCAGGAGAUAGGAGGAGGACACAUAAAAUCAUGUAGAGUUGGAAAUGACCCUGAGGAUCACAUAGUCCAGGCAUCCCCAACCUUUGGCCCUCCAGAUUUUUUUUGGACUACAAUUCCCAUAAUCCCUGACCACUAGUUCUGUUAGCUAGGGAUCAUGGGAGUUGUAGGCCAAAACGUCUGGAAGGCUGCAGGUUGGGGAUGCCUGACCCUUCAAUGCAGGAGUACACAGCUGUCACAUACAGGGAUCAAACCUGCAACGUUGGCAUCAUCAGCACCACGCUUUAACCAACUGAGUUAUCCAGGCCACGUGACAGAGCAUUUGCUAUCUCUCACCCACAAACACGCAUACAUAAUGGAUGGCGGCUAACAUAUUGAGGUUGAAUCCUGACAAGACAGAAGUACUGUUUUGGGGGGACAGGAGGCGGGCAGGUGUGGAGGACUCCCUAGUCCUGAAUGGGGUAACUGUGCCCCUGAAGGACCAGGUCAUUUUGGACUCGCAGCUGUCCAUGGAGGUGCAGGUCAGUUCUGUGUCCAGGGCAGCUGUUUACCAGCUCCACCUGGUAUGCACCACUGAGGCUGAGACCCUAUCUGCCCGCGGACUGUCUCACCAGAGUGGUGCAUGCUCUGGUUAUCUCUCACUUGGACUACUGCAAUGUGCUGUAUGUGGGGCUACCUUUGAAGGUGACCCGGAAACUACAACUAAUCCAGAAUGCGGCAGCUAGACUGGUGACUGGAAGCAGCCGUCGAGACCACAUAACACCGGUCUUGAAAGACCUACAUUGGCUCGCAGUAUGUUUCCGAGCACAAUUCAGAGUGUUGGUGGUGACCUUUAAAGCCCUAAACAGGCCUCGAUCUAGUAUACCUUGAAGGAGUGUCUCCACUCCCAUCGUUCUACCUGGAGACUGAGGUCCAGUGCCGAGGGCCAUCUGGCGGUUCCCUCACUGUGAGAAGCCAAGUUACGAGGAACCAGGCAGAGGGCCUUCUCGGUGGUGGCACCCGCCCUGUGGAACGUCCUCCCACCAGAUGUCAAAGAGAACAACAACUACCAGACUUUUAGAAGACAUCUGAAGGCAGCCCAGUUUAGGGAAGCUUUUAAUGUUUGAUGCAUUACUGGAUUUUAAUAUUUUGUUUUGGAAGCCACCCAGAGUGGCUGGGGAAGUCCAGCCAGAUAGGUGGGGUAUAAAUAAAUUAAUAAUAAUAAUAAUUAUAAUAAUUAUAAUAAUUUCAUUUGUAUGCCACUUUCCAUAGUUGAAACCAUGGUCAAGGCAGCUUAUAUAAUUACAAACAUCACAAAAGUAGUCAUAAACAAUAAAUAUCAAAAAGUAUACUGCCAAACUGAACAAUUUCUACAUGAAUAAUAAGAAAAUAUAAAACUAAGAUACAAAAUAUGAAUAUCAAUAACAGCAACAACAGCCCUUCCCCCAACAACGCUCUCUGAACAAUAUCCUAGCCCAAGAGUCUGUUCAGCAGUCUCAGCUUUGUAGCUGGAGUCAGUCAAGCCCCACCCUCCCAGGCCAGGUGGAAAAAGGCUUGCAAGGCAGGGAGCAGGUCUUUCAGAGCACUGGCCUGGUGUAAAGUAGGCCCAAGUUCAAGGGUUUUAUUCAACUAACUUUUAUUCAGAGUAGACCCAGUGGUCGUGUCUAAUUAGGUCAAUUAUUUUAAAUGGGUCUACUCUGAGUAAUUUUAGUUGGAUACAACCUAAUGUCCUGAUUGUGGCUGCCUAAUAGGCAAGGUUGGGAGCACUCCAACUCUUGAUGGACCAGCAUCCACAUAUAGCCUAUUGCCUGCCUAUCAGGCUUGUCUGUCAUGGGUUUCCUUUUAUAUUAGGGCCAGGGCCCCUGGGCCCCAGCUCCUGUGAAGUGUGAGAGGCAUGCAGGUUAUUUGAAGCACAGCAUAAACCCAAAUGAAGCUGCCCAGACCCAUACAAUCCGCCAUGGAAGCCAUAUGUGUAGGCCCACAACUAAGAAAUAUCAGGUUGGGGAAUACCAGGAAGAAAGGCUUUUCAGUGAUUGCCCUAAUUCUAUGAAACCUUAUUUGUGGUUAGUGAUGUUAAAUUCUCGAGAAUAAUCUUUCGGAGAAUAUUCUCGAGAAUAUUCUCGUUUAAUGAGAAUAUUAGAGAAUUUUCAUUUAAAAUAGGAGAAUAUUCAUUUUAAUGCAUUGAAAAUGACAUAAUUAGUUAAUAUACAUGUUUAUUCAUGGGUAAGCUUGUUCAGAUGGCAACCAAAAACUGUACAGAUACUUUUAUUAAAUGGGGCAAUGCAGUGAAUUCACAUUCUUUCAUUUUUUUGCACCAAACUUGAAAUUGAAAAUUCAGCGUGAAUGACUCACGUUAAUUACUAAGUCUGCCUCUAACUGUAUAUUUAUCAUCAAGUUUGAAUUAUAAUUAUGUUGUGUAUGAAUGAGAUGUAGCUUUUAAAGUAAAAGGAAUAUAAAAAAACUCAGGUCCACUACAUGAGUACAUACGAAUUCAAAUGUUCAUCACAUUAAAUGAAUAGCAUUUUUAAAACUUUAAAAAAAAAAGUUUUCUGUAGCUCACAUUUCAGAACUGCCAAUGGUGAAUGACACAAUGCCCAGUAAUUGUAACUGGAUCAAAAAAAUAAUUAUUCAUUAUUCAUUACUUACAUUGGCAGUAUCACAGCUUGACUUAUUAUUUACUAGAUUUUUUUAAUGUGGGUUGUAAAACUAGAAUUUACAGUUUGUGGAGAAUAUUCUCCAGAGAGUUUUCUAGCAGAGAAUAUUUACACCUCACCUCACUAUUUGUGGUGGCCCUAAUUCUUGGAAACUUAUUUUGUGGACCCUAAAAUGCUUUCUAUUCCAACAAGCUCUUUCUUUUAAUUGCCAGUUUUCUGUUUUUAAAUGGCUGUUGCUUUAUGGAAUGUUUUUACUAUGAUGUUCUUAAUGUAAUUUCUUAUUUGUUGAGCUGCCUUGUGAAGGCUUGGCUCGAAAAGGCAAGAUAAAGAUAAUACACACACACACAAAUACACACACACACACGGUGUCCAUUCAGAUGUUUAUUCUAAAUUGAUUAUGUGUGUUUCAGUGUAGAAAUUCUUUGAGUCAAAUGAAAUAAAUUAGAGAUAUGCCUACUGUGUGUAAAAUAAUGCUGGGGUGUUUUUGGGGGGAGGAAUUAUGGAAUGGUGCUUGGUAUCAUAGGCUGUUUCAUGUACAGUGGUACCUCAGGUUACAUACGCUUCAGGUUACAGACUCCGCUAACCCAGAAAUAGUACCUUGGGUUAAGAACUUUGCUUCAGGAUGAGAACAGAAAUUGUGCUCCGCCGGCGCGGCGGCAGCAGAAGGCCCCAUUAGCUAAAGUUCAGGUUAAGAACAGUUUCAGGUUAAAAACGGGCCUCCGGAACAAAUUAAGUACUUAAACCGAGGUACCACUGUACAUUUGCUUUAUUCUUAGGAAUGAAGUUAUGUGGAUUUUGUCACUUAUUAAUGCAACCCCCUCAACCCAGAGGUUGUAGCAUACAGCUGAUGUACACAGAGGGAUGUUGUGCAGUCUGAGCUCUUCUCUCUUAACUUUGUUUGAUGGUCUCCCCCAUAGGUUUAUUCAUGAACAGGGAGAAACUCAGAAUGAAAAACCAUACAGGGGAACCUGUUUUUGUGCUUAUUUAGUUGUUGCAGGGUCGGGAUGCAAUGUUAGAGCAAGGAGAGAAGAUGCUGUCUUGCUGGGCUAAAUGAGAAAGCAUCUGUCAGUAGAACUACCACCCCGAAGAAGAAAAUGAAAAACAGCUAAAGAGAGAGGUCUCAAGGCUCUUAGGCUGAAAUUCAAAUCUUGUAAUCCUGCAAAGGGUGAAAGAAAUAACAAGAAAAAAGCACCAAAAUUAGAAUGCUUGUGUAGAAAUGCUUGACUAAUUUUAUUUUAGAUUUUUCAUUCUAAGUAUCCCUUAGGCUCAGGCUUAGUAACAAUUUAAAAAUGUAAAACUUAACAUAAUUUAAAUUUGAAGCUCUCCUCUCCUGAAUGCUUUGGGCAGGCAACAUUAAUUUAAAACAGUCAUAGUAUUUUUGAAGGCAGAUUAAAAAACUUGAAAAAUACUAAAACUCUUCUCCCCUCUCCUUUUCUUUUAAAAGUUGAAAGCUACAACUCAGCUACCCAUAUUACAUCUGGCUACGAAAUGGUAGUUUAAGCAGAGGUCCAGGUUUGGAACAUCCAGAAAAAAAUGGGUUUCCAGAAUUAAGGAACUGCUGCUUGAGAACACCUUGCUUUUUGCUGUUUGGUGCAGGAAUGGCAGAAUUAAGAGGCUGACUCAACCAGAUGGAGGGCUGGCCCUUGGAGGCAUUCCCCCUAUAUAUUAGGCCACGUGUGGUUAUGCUUGAAGAACACAUCUGUCUGGCCAAGCAGGUGGUUCUAUGUCCUGUGCUGCUAAUUGUUACGAGAUUUAAAAAGAUGGGAAGCAAGUAUAACCCACAUUCCUGAAAUAAGUUGCCUUUUUAACCUUUAUCCUUAAAUGGGUCUAAGAGUAGAUCUUUGGAUGUUGCUGAGUUUUGCACCCCAUCUGUGAAAUGGUCCCCCUGCUCACUUGUACUAUGUAUCUGUGUUUCUUUAUCAGGAGGAGAAUUUGCCCUAGAAUUUCCUAACAUGGCAUCUGAGCGGCUUAGGUGUCACUGUGCCAAAUGCUUGCCCCAUUCUAUUGGGAAGUCUCUUUAUUUUUUAAAGAUAUGAUGCUUGUUUCCUUGGGAAAAACUUAAGGCACACUCUGCUUCUUCCUGUUUUACAAAUCUGCCUUGUCCUGCUUCAUAGGAGUCCUAUUGGGUCAGAUCAAAGGUUCAUCUGGUUCCACAACCUGUUUCCAACAGUGGUUAAGCAGAUGCUUUGGAGAAGCCCUGAAGGUGGACAUCAAGGCAACAACUUUUCUCAAUUUUAUGUUCCCCAGCAACUGAUAGGUGUUGCCUCAGAAACUAGUGAUUCCAUUGAUAAAUUUAGCCUCCAUAAAUUUAUCUAAUGUCUUUUUAAAACCAGCCAAGCUAAUGGCCAUCACCGUACAGUAAAUUCCAUAAGUUAGCUGUAUAUUGGGUGAAGAACUGCUUCUUUUGCUUGCUCUGAAUAUAUUGGUCAUCCAUUCCAUUGAGAGUGUUUUACUUGGUGCUCACUUUCAUUUCAUGGAUUUAUAUCCUUGAGUGUCAGCCUGCUUCCUGGACACACUCAGAUUAUUGUGUGCUUUUCAGAAGCUCAAUGUACUUUUUUUUGGCUGAAGUUAGCAUUGUAUAAGAAAGAGUUCUACUGUCAUAGGAGGGGGGGACUUUUUUGCACCCUUUGCAUAUUUUUUUAAAAAUCAUUUCAUUCUUUAUUUACAGAUGCAAAAUAUUUUUAAUCAGGCACACACAGUCAGUAAAACAAUCUUAUAAAUGAUAUCUCAUUUCUGUAUCCGAACAAAUUGUACCACGUUUAAUUUUAUAAACCCCUAUCAUGACCCACUCUUAUUUACAUUUCCCCCUUGUACUAAAAAGCUUGUGGAAGUCAAGUAGUAUCGUUUAAAGCUUUCCAGGUAUAACUCUGUUUUUCUGAUGACUUGGUGAUACCACCCUCAUUUCACAUAUGUAUAUCAUGGUUGUGCCAGCCUCCCAUAUCUACUCAAGUUUCUGCCUGCUUGUUGGAAAUCUUCUGCCUUUAUUUUUCUAUAGUUAGCAGGGAAUUUGCAGUGCCAGCUUCUUGGUCUUGUAGCUGUCUCCAUCUGCUGUAAAGCAUAUUUCAGUCAGUGGAGGAGUAAAGUCAUGCCCUGCAUCUGCAAAGCAGCUAUUUAAAGAUUUUUUUUUAAUUAAUCUGUUCUUGGGACUCACUGUGCAGUCCUAUAUAUGUCCCAGGUGUGAGGUAUGUGAUGCAGCUACCUUGCCGAAGCUAUGCAAGUCUGAGUGUGGUCAGUAGGGGGACCCUGUGCCUGCCACCUUUAGCUCUGUGAAGGAAGAGGGGAUAUAGAUCAAACAAACAAACAAACAAACAAACAAACAAACAAAGGUUUACUCAGAAGCAAGUCCCACUUUAUUCAAUAGGGCUGAACCCCCAAGAAGAGUGCUUUCGAUUGCACUUUCAAUUGGUUGGAUUGCUGUAAUGCUCUCUAUGUGGGGCUGCCUUUGAAAAGUGCUUAGAAACUUUGACUGGCUCAAAGAGCAGCAGCCAGAUUGCUUGGGCUACUUGUUUGUAGUUACCCUUGGUGGUUUGCAGGACUAAGACUUCCUUGCUUUGCUGAAUUGAAUGUUGAAUUUCUGCAUUUUCCUUUGGUUUGUAGGCUAAAAACCUGGACUUCCGCCGGAAGUGGGACAAAGAUGAAUAUGAGAAGCUUGCAGAGAAACGACUCACGGAAGAGAGAGAAAAGAAAGAUGGUUUGUAACAUACUGACUUCUUCCAUUAAGAGCCACUGGCUUAGUUUGUAGAACAUAAUGCAAAAUUGCAGAGGAAAAAUACGGACCACUUAAUUCUGUGUUCUGCUUCCAUCCAAAACAAAUUGUAAUAACCCUUUCCUUUCCUGAUGCUCUUGAUGCAGUUCAUGAAACAAAGAAAGAUUAAGAGCAGGUUCAUCUGAUUUUAGAAGCAGGGAAUUAAAAGUAAGCGAGAAGACUUAAGUUGAAGUUCUUGAGGAGCAUAUUUUGUCCAGUGUAUAAACAAAGUAUUGUUUUACAUUUUGAGAUACAGUUUUGAAUUCCCGGUUUAAAUUGAAGCAUUUUAAGAAAACCUUAUUGAUUAUGUUUUAGGCAAACCAGUGCAACCUGUCAAGCGCGAGCUUCUUCGGCACCGAGACUACAAGGUGGACCUGGAAUCCAAACUGGGCAAAACCAUUGUUAUUACCAAAACAACGCCGCAGUCUGAGAUGGGAGGGUGAGUCAUCCUGAGUCUUUGCAAUGCUUGUUCAUACAGCACACAGCAACUAAACAUCCAGAUGCCUCUAUCUCUGUUCUAAAUCUGUGCCUAGGAGCUAUGGUCAGGUGGAUGAGGGCCAACAGAUUGAAAUUGAAUCCAGACAUGGUCAUGGAGGGCACAGAUUUUGCUGUGGCUAAGGAGGUUGGAAUUUCCUCUGGAUUUUUUGAAUUGCACACUUCAAAUGAGUAGACCUAUUUUGUACUGGGCUCCACCCCUUAGGCAUUACCUGAUUACCAGAAUUUUAGUUUCAAGUACUAGUGACCCUCAGGGGAACAUGUCUGGUCCUUAACCUCUGUCAAGAUUUUACACUGGUGAACAAGUCUGUAAAGCAAGAGGUUAAAAAGGCACACCCACCCCUCCAAACUUCACGUGGGGGGAAAUGAAACUUUAAAAGUGAUGUGCAUUGGGAAUUUGUGCUGCCCUCUGCUGUUUGGAGUGAGCGUUUUAGCAGAGCUAAUAGGUGAUAGCUGCUGCUAAGGAUGAAUGGCCUCAAAAUACCACUCCAUACCACCAUGUCUGCCUAUCUACCUUAAUAUCAUGGUAGUACAAGAAGGAGAAAAUGUGCAGUGGGACAAGUGCUCUGACUUGCUGUGCAAAUUCUCAUGCGCUGCUCUUGCUUUGUGAGAUAGCCCAUAAGCCCCUGAAGCCUUGGGUACAUGGCAAGUAGCAAAGUUCAGUCUCUUAGGCUCAGCAAGAAAAUUUUUAUAUUUUCUUGCACAUGCAAGUUCCAGACUGCAGGACAAGGGGCUUUGUGUGGGAUUAUUUCCAUAGAUGGCAAGACAGAGAUUUUAAUGAAGAGAAAUUGCGCCUGUGUUCAACCUAUUUCGGAAAGUUCAGUAACAUUGACUAGAUAGCCCUCAUGUAGUACUCACCUUAAUUUGAUAUGAAAUAGAAACUGAGAAGCCUUACGUAAAAUAAAUCUCCUGUUAGAUAUGAGAACUGAUGUCCUUUCCCCCUUUCUUUCCAGGUAUUACUGUAAUGUCUGUGACUGUGUAGUUAAAGAUUCCAUCAACUUCUUGGACCAUAUCAAUGGCAAAAAACGUAAGGAUAAAGCACCUUUUUUCCCCAUUGUGAUGUGAUGUGAAGGUAUGAUGUAUUAGUGCUCCUCUUAGUACUCCAUGUACAGGUCUCCUUGGCCCUAUGAUCUCAAGUCUUUCUCAGUUCUGAUUGAAACUAGAUACAGACAAACUAAUUGCAGUUUAAUAAUAAUAAUAUUAAUAAUAAUGAGGCUUGAGAUAAUGGUGGCUGACAAGGCCAUGUGGGGGAACAGGCUCACUUCUCACUGAUGUGGUUCAGUUUUCCUUCACCACUGAGGCCUUUGGGUGCUUUUGGUAUCCUAUUCAUCUUCAUGGGUAAGUGAGAACACCUAGGAGCAGUCUUCACAAUGUUUAUUUGAAGGAAAGGCUGCAGUCUCUCCUUUCAGACUAGAACUGAGCAACUUUCAUUCAUGUCUUCAUGGUCUCAGGAUCUGAGCACUUCAGGGCAUAGUUGAUUGGACUGUGUUGGCAGGGUUUCUAUGAGAUGAGUCACUGGGAUGAAUCUGUUUUAUACUGAGUCAUAUCAUUCACUCAAGACCUCACAGAGCUUUCCCCUUGCUCUGCUGCCUGAGGGACAUUCAACAUUCAAAAUCAUAGGCUCUGCCCUUGAACUGUGGUCCUUCUUCAAUAGCUUCCUCUUGUUUUUCAAGCACAAUUUAUGGUUCAUGUUUUAAUGGAUAAAUCAGCCUUGCAACUCUUUAUUCAACGAGUGGUUGCAUACUCCUCUUUCCCCUCCCACUCUGCUGCCAUACCAACUUCCUCUGGGCUUAGGAAGACACAUCCCCCAUCAUCAAAAUGGGAAGCCAAGCAUAGGAACCUUUCUCCCUUGGCUGCCCCCCUUGAUACUUGGUGGUCCAAGGAAAGAAGCAGCAUAGUUGAAAUGUGUUUUGUGUAAUUUGAUCUGCCUCCAUGGUUGGAGGCUGUAUGUUGAAUACUAGUUAUUGCAAACCACAGGAGGGGAGGGUGCCGUUGUGCUCAGGUCCUCCUUGUGGGCUUCCCAUAGGCCUCUGGUUGGCCCCUGUGAGAGCUGGAUGCUGUGCUAGGUGGGCCAUUGGCGUGAUCCAGGAGGCUCUUCUUUCGUUCUUGUAAGCAUUUGUUUAAUAAGAAGAUGGAAUCUCUGACUUUUCUAGGCAUAAAACUUAAAAGCUGUUUCCUUGGAGAUUAGAGAACACCUUGGAAGCGUGGAAGCCAUCACUCAGAAGGCUAGACGUGGGGUGUUGAUGAGGUCCCUGAUUCAUCCACCCCUUUCCCCCUAUUUCAUUUUAUGACUUCCUUGAUCUUAGAGGAAGUCACAUGAACGCCCAUCAGAAGGUGGCUUCUUCUGUGUGGCAUUCUUUAUUUGGAGCAAACUAGAAUCUCUAGAAGUUUCUGAAUCCCCCUAAUAAUGGUGUUGUGGAGAGUGUAGGGUUCUUGAUGUGUGGGGCCAUUCUGCAACAAUGGCUAUGCAUAUGGAGGCAGACUCCAUGUGGUGCUUUGAUAGCAGACCCUACAUGGUGGAGGUUAACUGAAUCUCUCCACAGGGACCUAUUGGUUUUUGCAUCCCAGCAGCAGAAUUCUUACAGAGAUGCAAUAUUUGUUUGUAUUAAUAUAUACAAAAGCUUAUGCUUUAUUUGCCAAGACGCUUGGAUGCAAGCAUGAAUCAAGGCUCAGACAUUGGGAAUGCACUGUGGAGGUGGUCAAAGAUGCAGAAACAACUGCUGUCUUAUCAGGUCUUUUUUUAUUUGGUUUUGUUAACCAAACAAAAAACCUCGGUACUUGCUCCAGCGAGACUGUCCCUUACCCCACCCCCAGCAAGAGGACCAUCUCCCAUCAACUGGCCUGUGGGAAGGAACAGGAGAGUAAAGGAGGCAGGCAAAGAGGAUUUCAGAGCCUGCUCCAGGUGGUCUGUUUCCUCCCCAUUACAUGGCCAACUGAUACCAGUUGUGCAGUGGCAGGAAUCUUGAUGACAUUUAUAUUUUUUAUUGUUUUAUUGUAGUUUUGAAACUAAUGUGUUUUGAUUUUGCUUGUAAAUCCACCUUUGAUGUCCUUAAAUUAAGAUAUAAAUAAUAAUUGACAUUCCCUGAUACAGGUACAGAUUUCCAUACCUUCCUGAAUUUUAUCUAUAAAUAGCUAUUGUUCAAAUUUCAAACUACCUUCUAGUGUUUCUAAACAGAUAUAUUUACAUAAUGAACAUGAGAGAACCUCCUCACCCCAAAUUGUCCUUAAGUAUACCUCCUAGGUAUAAAUAUAUUCCAGGUGACUAAAUGAAUUCAGUUGGAGGAAAGUAAAAGCUUGGUUUGCUUUUGAAUGCUAUAUAUCUUGCAAGCUCUCAAGUAUUUGGGUCCCAACUGUUAGUCUUUUCCCAUGUAUUCAUUUAUAUUACUGCAUUUUUCUAUUUCUAUUUUCUUACAUGCCUGAUUUUAUGUUCUAUUUUUUUCUAAAUAAAUUUGAGGUUAUUCAAGGUUCUGCCACUUGCCCUAGGUUAUUAAGGUUAUGCUUAACAGCCCUAGGUUACUUGAUCAUCGUCAUAUUUGGUCAGUUCACUGUCUUCACAGUUCAACUAUGAUCCUGCUGUCUUACAUGACAGAUUUAUUGUCUUUUAUUAUACUUUUAUAGUAUUAAAACUGUGUCCACUGCUUUAAGGGACUCUGGGCCAAAAAGCAGUACAAAAAAAUAUAUGUAACAUAACACUUAUUCUUUGAUUACUUCCAAUAAAUGCAGAGGAGUGAUGAAUGAUAAAGUUGGAAAGCCCCAAUUUUUUAGUAUGGAAAAACACAGGUCUUGAAUCCUUAGUUCUUGUUUGUGCUAACCAGAUAUCUCUACAGGUACAGACUAAAGGAUAAUCUUUUUAAUAGAAACGUUGAUCUGUUCCCUUCAAUAUAUAAACCAAGGCAGUUAAUAAAAGAUAGAUAACCAAAAAGGUUCUGCUCCUGGCCCACACCGAUUGCACCUCAUGUCUAGAUGAUAUAUGCAGUGCAUUCUAGCUUAAUUAAACUCUGACAGAUAUAGAUGCAAGAAGCAAGCAGAGUAUGACUCAUUAGCUACCCGUUUGUAGGAGUUACAAGUCCAGCAGGCAAAUUUGGUCUCAUCCCACUUCAGACAUGCAGUUUAUGGAAUUUGUCAACAUGGAUCACUCAGGUGCACUCCCCCACCCCCCAUGGAAUUGCUUCCUGUAGGGAAAAAAGAGUAUUUGCAAGCUCAGUUGGCUUAGAGGCAAUCCUGCAAUGUUACAGAAGGCACCAGUCACUUGCAGCACAAGUCUAAUUUGCUAUGCAUAGUUGGAUAUUAGCUAGGGUGGGGAUGGAGGUAAUCAGAAAGAGGGAGAGAGCACAGAAGAUAGUUAUUCCACUUCUUCCCUGCUGGGUCAAUCAAGACCUUCAACUCUGAUGCACUAUUAAUUAAGAGCUUGGUGAGCAUGAUUGCCUAUAUCUCAAAUUAACCUUCGGAGUUAGCAUAGCCUGCCCAUAUAAAAACAGGGCUGUACUGUAUUGUGCAAAGCAGCCAGUUUCAAAGACAGCAUUUUCACAGUUCUUUGCUACAGAAAUGUAAGGAUGAAAAUGAUUUUCAAGAUGCAGCUUGGCUCUUAAUCUUUUUCUCUAUUGCCUAAGAGAGUCUGAAGUUUGGUCGGCUGUGAAGAGAGAUGCUGGGGUGAGAUGAAGCUAGGUAUCCAGAAGAGUGUAAUAUUUUGCUCCCAAACGGGACAAAGGUUUUUGCUUGGCUGCUGAAUAUUGGCAGGAUUUCUGAGACAGUGUUGUUGGUUCCCUCCUUUUCUAGAUCAGAGGAAUCUGGGCAUGUCUAUGAGAGUGGAGCGCUCCACACUGGAUCAAGUGAAAAAACGCUUUGAGGUGAACAAGAAAAAAAUGGAGGAGAAGCAGAAGGAUUAUGACUUUGAGGAGAGGAUGAAGGAGCUCAGAGAAGAGGUGAACUGUUGCCCGAAAUUGAAACAAUUAGCAUACCUGGAGAGGAAUAACACCUAACUAAGGGGCUUUCUGUCACAUUUGGAUGGCUAAAAAGAGCCAUUUAACAUGCUAAAAAAUGAAAGUGUGGCAGUACAUUUUCUUAAUUUUCCUGUAUUUCUGAAAUAGUGGUUGCUUUUGAUCCCAUCAUAGUGCUGAUACCAGUUUAUUCUCACUCCAAAAAUUGCUCUGGUCCUGUUGCUUAGGCAGGGAGCUAAGCUGCCAGGGAGAUCUUUCUCCGUGUUUGGUCUCCUCAGUGCAACACUGACCUGCAGGUGGCAGCCAAGAUUUUUCCUGUUGUCGUUCAUUCUGUCUGCAGCAACCUCAGGAGGGCUUGGAUUAUUUCCAGUGUGUCUUUCUCUGUUUAUAGGAAAGCUGUGCAGUUCCAGCACUUUUCCUUUUAGAAACCAAAGUGUGCCAAAGAUUAGAAUGAUUUCUCUCACACGAUAGGUAGACAGACUGGUGGAGAUAGUCUGUCUCCCCCCUGCCCUUUCUGAUACAGGCAGAACCUUUUUCUUUAACACGUUUUUGUCUGUGGGGGAUUUUUACUUGUUGUGGGAGAGACUUCAGUGCCAUCCAUUGCAGCUUGCCCUUCCAGAAACAAAAGAAACCAUUUCUUCACUUAACUCCUCAGGGCCUAUGUGCAUAUUAUAUGCAGGUUGCGGAACUCAGCUUUUUUUUUGCAUAGAAAGUUGAUAUUUAACACAGAAUGCACAGACCCCUUUAUAGAUCCCAGCAAAGAACAGAGGCUGACCCUUCCGUGGAUGUGUGAUUUGUAGACCUUCUUUCAUAGGCAAGGCAGUCUUUUGUAGGCACAGUCACCUUUUCUCCCUGGAGAAUCACAGAAGAAUUACAGGUAACUCACAACUUAUGUGUGUUUAGCAUAUGUGAUUUCAGCUUUACAUGGUUGAAGGCCAGCUGGUUGAAAUCACACAAAUUAAAUGCACAGAAGGUGGAGAGCUUAAAAUGUCUUUUUGCGCAGGGUUUUCUUGGCAUGGAAAGAGCAUUUAAGCUCCCAGGUGUCCUUACUGGGCUCUGGAAGGCUCUUGUGAGAUCUCAUGGGAACUUGGAUGACCAUGUGAGAUCACACAAGAGCCUCCCAGGACUUAGGGCAGGGUGCCCUUGUUGUAAAUAAAAAAUAUGCCCUUUUCCCUUAUGGGGUAUCCAAGAGCCCAUAUAGAGUCCUUACAUAGGUUCCCUAUUGGUAGGAGAAAAUAACAGAGGCCAACCAGAGAAUAUUGAGAAGCAAAGCAGCUAGUAAGCUUGAUCUUUAUUGAUCUGUUGCAACAGGGUACUCCCUCACAUGCAGGAGAGGAGGAGGACCCACAAAAAUGCUGUGCAAGGGUUUAUAAAGACUUUUGAAAUUCCAAUCCUCUAGAUCCAGACCACCCCCAGAAACAUUAUGCAUACAUCACAGAAGGGGUGUAACCUAACCCACCUACAUCACAGAAAUUUUAAUAUUGUUUUUCUCCUGUUGUUGUUUAUCUCCUGUCUAGCAGGUUACUUGAUUGGAUUGCCUGAGGAGCCUGGCCAUUCUUUUGUAGUGGUAAAAUACUUAUUUCCUGGGCCAGGUCACAGGCUCACACCUUAUUCAAACAGACAUAUCCUUGAGACAGGAUUUGUGAGGAAAGAGACAAUGGGGAGGCUUUUCCAGUUUAACCUUGCAGAGAAAGGAUUUGGUCAGUUUAGGAAUCAAAAUGGUUCCAGGUUGGUCUUCCUGUGUUGAUCUAUGUAUGUGCAGUUAUGAACAUUACCAUAUAUCUAAGACCAUAAAAUUCCUAUCACACCCUUAAGACUCGUUGGGUGCACUGACUCUGGAAAGUAGGAUUGUGUGUACACGCUAUCCCCAAAAUGUAACCCCUGCAUAAGAUAUGUGACUUACCUGUACAAGGUUUCAUAGCAGCUUUGGUGAAACCUUUAGAUAAGCCACACCAGCUCGCGCUCUCUCUCUCUCUCUCUCUCUCUCUCCCCCCCCCCCCAUUUUUGGCUGUAGGUGAGGAAAACCAAUUGCUCACCAGUUUGGGGAAAUGAAAUUACCAUGUCAUAUGGGAAAUGCAGAAGUAGCUUCCUUUACAAUUCCAACAGCAUUUUUUUUAAUUUUACAAAUCAAGCCAAUGGGUUUGAUCUCUCUGUGUUUGCCAAUGGCUGCUCUGAAAGAGCCCCACGAUGCCCCUGCAUGUUUGAGAGAGUUGUGCAAACAGGAGAGUCCUUUGAGCUUCAACAGCCUCAGUAGCUGCCAAGGAGUCAGUCGCUGAAGUCACACUUCUGCAUCCCCCAACACGUCUGGCGCCGUUCCAGGCCUUGUGAUCUCACAGAACGAAACAUUUUGAUUAGAGCUGUGGAAACCCUUUGAUGCCAAAACCCCCCAAAGCCACUCAGAGCACAGCUUAUGUUCCACUGAGCAGCUGUCACUCGGCUGUUCCAACAGCCAUCAGAUACUGACAUUGUCUGUCGCCAUCGUUCAGCACCACAGUUGUUGGAAUGGGGCAUCAGUACAGAAUCCAUGUCCAUUGCUUUUAAAGCAAAGCUGCGUUUUCAUUACUGUUAAUUUCUGAUGAAGCCUUUGGCAUUUGUUUAAUAGCAGUUGCUGACAGUUGCUGGACACACUGUAUUCUUCACGUGUCACUUCUGUGUGAGUGUCUUUGGGCUGCUGUCUUUCCACUGCUCCUCUGGGACCAACCAGAGGAGCCAACAUUUCUCUUCCAUCCAUUGUUUGCUGUGCAGACAGGGAAGAAAAUGUCGCCUCUGCUGUCUGUUUCCCUAAGUUGUGUCUUCCGUGUCUUUAAGAUUUUGGUUGCGCAAGCGAGCUUGACUCAUUUGGCAGCUUCCCUUUGUUGCAGGAGGAAAAGGCCAAAGCCUACAAAAAGGAAAAACAGAGGGAGAAGAAAAGGAGAGCUGAGGAAGACUUGACGUUUGAGGAAGACGAUGAGAUGGCGGCUGUGAUGGGCUUCUCUGGUUUUGGCUCUACCAAGAAGAGCCACUGAUCAGCCAUGAACUUCCACCUGGAUGGAUAUUGUUUCUGCCCUCAAGAUGCUUGAAAACCCUUGGAAGACUUUAUUAGAGAAUUUGUAUUGAAAUGUCCUGGUAGAAGCUGGCUGUAGGAGUUGGGAAGGAAUCACACACUCUUCCUGUGUGGGGCUGGCUACCCCCUGCUGUUGCUAGUAUCCUGCCUGCCUGCAAAGAUAACAUCACAAUUGCCUGUGAGGUGGUAAACCUAAAUAUCUGAUAAAGAACUUUAGCAUCCCCCAUCCCCCAAGCUCCUUGGGGGAUAAACCCAUUUUCAAGAUUUUUUUAACUCUUCAUUUCCUGUGAUGAGCCUGCAGUUGGAGCUUUCUUUUGGAGCCCCCAAUUCUUGCCCCUGCCUUCAGCUGCCCCUUUCCCUAUAUGAGUUCUGCUUGCUUCAUGUUGUAUGGCCUUCUGUGCACGAGAGACAUUCUGCUGAGUACACUUUUCCUGUUAAUAAAGUGUUAAAAAUCUUAUAAGUGGCUUUCUUUCAGAACUGUACUUCCCUCCAUAAACGGUCAUCCUUGUAGGUUGCGCUAGUGUGUGUUAUCUUUAAGGAACCUUGGGAGUCUAUUAUAGCUUGUAUGGCUGAGCAUGGAGCUGAAACGUCCCCCUUAUUUUUUAUAUCUCCAAUAGAUUGCUAAAAAGAGGAGGGUUUGGGUAUGAUCUCCCCCUCACAGUAAAAUACACACACGAGAGAAAUGAAUUUGGGGCUUCAGUAGGGCCAUGCUGAUGGUUGGAGGGGGGGAUAGAAAAUAGGGAGAUCAUAAGGAAAGGCAGGAGAUUGUGGUGCUCUAAUCUGAACAAAGAACUUGGACCCUCUCAGCAGGAGUAGAUGAUCUUGCUGGCUCUGUGUGCGUCUUAAGAAGAAAAAUAACUGAACAGACACUCACAUUGACUAUCUCCAGCUUCAAGGUUGAAACAAUAAAUUGGCCUCCUUUUGGCUUAAUGCAGGUAUUGAGGAGGGAAUCUCUGUUGAAUUCCAGUAUCUUCUUUUCACUGGCCAUAUUGAAAGCAUGUUGCUGAAUUUUAUUGAAGCAGGUGAGGGUUUUUAGGGAGGAUGGGGCUCCUUCCCCAUCUUGGUUCAGGUUGGAGAAGUGUUAUCUGCACUGCUCCAGCUGCUCUUUAUGCCCCAUGUCAUUUUCAUUGCUUUCUUGAUUUAGUUCAGGCAAACCUGCCGUGACUCAUUCAUUGCCUUUUUGGGUUUAGGACGAUUUACAUCUGGUGUAGCUGAUUUUCAUAGUGCCUGCCUUUUUUAUAUUGAUGGGAUCAUUGUUCUUGUCUUUCUCUGUACCUUUAUGGAGCCUCGCAGUGUAUUGAGUCUUCUUUCAAAUACAUGUAGAAUAAAUCCUAUCAUGCUUUGCUGCUGUUUUAAUUCCUUAAUCUUAGACUGCUGACAGCUUCAUUGCCUCAGAUAUUUCCACUUCAAUUCAGAUUAUAAUCCCCAUUGAAGAUGCCAUUGAAAUGAUACAUAGCCUGUAGCUAUGCCAGCUGAGAUACAAAUGUCCUUGGAGACUUGACCCUUUAAACUAAAAAAAAAAAAUCCUUUUAAUGUGCCUCAAACUCCUUCUGUGCACCAAAUAGAAAUGAGCAUUUAAUUCCAAUCACGUACCUGUCCC